AUGAAGCUUCUCCCCAUUCUGAAUUUCGUUGCAGCGGCUCUUGCAGCCAGCAGAACAUCUGCCCCAAGCGGAUGUCUCGUUGUCCGCAAGUCUCCCUCAAGCGGCCAAUACGGCACCGUCCAAGCCGCCGUCAACGCGCUAUCCACCUCGUCAACCUCGAGUCAAUGCAUCUUCAUCGACCAGGGCACAUACACCGAGCAAGUCCUCGUUCCCACCCGCAAAGCCCAGCUGUCCAUCUACGGAUACACCACCGACACCACCGGCUACGCUCAGAAUAAGGUCACCAUCACGGGCAAGAAGAGCCAGGCCGACGGCUCCAACAACGACGAGAGCGCACCCCUGCGUGUCAAGUCACCCAACUUUAAGCUGUACAAUGUCAAUGUGGCGAAUACCUACGGCAAGGGGAGCCAAGCUGUGGCUUUGAGCGCGUAUGCUGACAGCGGAUAUUACGGAUGUGCCUUCACGGGAUUUCAGGAUACCGUUCUUAGCAACGUUGGGUACCAGCUGUAUUCCAGCUGUCUUAUCCAGGGAGCGACCGACUUUAUCUUUGGCCAGCAAGCUUCAAGUUGGUUUGAGAAAUGCGAUAUCCGCGUCGUCAGCAACUCCAUCGGUUACAUUACAGCGAACGGACGUGACUCUUCGAGUGGCGUCUCGUAUUACGUCUUCAACAACUGCAACAUUGCUGCUGCAUCCGGAAACUCCGUCACCAACGGCGCCUACUACCUCGGCCGUCCCUGGAGGGCGUAUGCCCGUGUUGUCUUCCAAAAGACUUCCAUGUCUUCUGUCAUCAACUCUGCCGGAUGGAAGAUCUGGAACACUGAUGAUCCGCGAACCAGCAAUGUGCUUUUCGGAGAGUACAGCAACACUGGCGCAGGCGCAUCUGGCAGCCGGGCGUCUUUUUCGACCAAGCUCUCUUCUGCGGUUUCUAUCUCCACCAUCCUGACUAGUAGCUAUGCCAGCAAGGGAUACUAUGACGCUUCAUACAUGUAGGCUUAGCUACUGC